GGCGGCGGAGGAGCUCGCACCCCGACCCCGGCGGGCCCCGUCAGAGAAGCCCGCACAGGUCCCAGGAAGGUGGCGUCAGCAUCUGCAGCCGCGUCGACGUUGUCGGAGCCUCCGCGGAGGACCCAGGAGAGUCAGACUAGGACCAGGGCCCCGGGCCUUCCCACCCUCCCUAUGGAGAAGCCAACUGCCUCAACGGAACCCCAAGGGCCUCGGCCCGCCUUGGGCCGCGAAAGUGUCCAGGUGCCCGAUGACCAGGACUUCCGCAGCUUCCGGUCAGAGUGUGAGGCCGAAGUGGGCUGGAACCUGACCUACAGCAAGGCCGGCGUGUCUGUGUGGGUGCAGGCUGUGGAGAUGGAUCGGACUCUGCACAAGAUCAAGGCAGGAGAAUGCCCCCUUUGCUCCUUCACUCCUGGCUCUCUAGUCUGCGAUGGGUCUUCUCUACUUUCUGCACUCUUGGGUGCCAAGGAUAAGAUUCCUUCCUGCUUGGUCCCUGGAGUCCUCCCUGUCGUCUCUGAGUCUCCAGCGGCUGAGACGCUUUACGACGUCCUGCACGACAUAGAAUACCGGAAGAAGUGGGACAGCAAUGUCAUUGAGACUUUCGACAUCGCCCGCCUGACUGUCAACGCCGACGUCGGAUAUUACUCUUGGAGGUGUCCCAAGCCUCUGAAGAACCGUGAUGUCAUCACCCUCCGUUCCUGGCUCCCUAUGGGCACUGAUUACAUCAUUAUGAACUACUCAGUGAAGCAUCCUAAAUACCCACCUAGGAAAGACUUGGUCCGAGCCGUUUCCAUCCAGACGGGCUACCUCAUCCAGAGCACAGGGCCCAAGAGCUGUGUUAUUACCUAUCUGGCCCAAGUGGAUCCCAAAGGCUCCUUACCCAAGUGGGUGGUGAAUAAAUCAUCUCAGUUCCUGGCUCCCAAGGCCAUGAAGAGGAUGUACAAGGCCUGUAUCAAGUAUCCCGAGUGGAAGCAGAAACACCAGCCACACUUCAAGCCGUGGCUGCACCCAGAGCAGAGCCCGCUGCCCAGCCUGGCGCUGUCAGAGCUGUCCGUGCAGCAUGCAGACUCCCUGGAGAACAUCGACGAGAGUGCUGUGGCAGAGAGCCGCGAGGAGCAGCGAGCAGGCGGUGCAGGUGGAGAAGGCAGCGAUGACGACACCUCACUCACCUGAGUACAGCCCCUCUGCAACAGACCGAGACAGGAAGCCCUGGGGCACUGGGCCUUCUGCACUUCCUCCCUCCCCCACCUGCCUUCUGGGGGCA